UGAUUGUUGCUCGUCCUUGCUUACUUCAGCGGCAGGUCGCCUCCUCCACACAACACACCGACUCCCAAUCCACCACAUCUACAUCCCCAAAAUGCCGCCUAUGAACCUGGCGCCUUGGCGAGAAGCAGCGCGCAAACUAGCGCAGGCCGUCAAACGCCAAAUUGAACAAACUGAGCAAGAAGUCGCCGCUUUCCUACGACCAGGCAAGCAAGUCCUCCAGCGUGAACGAGUUCCUCUGCCGCGCCGAUCGCAAGGCACACUACACGAUCGUGUGCGAGAUAAACAGGCGCAAGACGCGCGUAGGCAUUACACGCAAUUUGCUGGACCCACCCGCCAUCAUCAUGCCGGCCGGUCAACUUCUGCAACAGUUGCACAGGUCAAGACUAUCUUUGGACAGAGCGCAACAAGGUCUACGAUGGGUGGUACAUUGCGCGCACAUGGGUAUCGCCGUGGAUUCGCAUCAAGCAGCAUCAACCAUGCGCAGGUUGUACGAGAGGUUUUCGAGUCAAUUUCACUGGGGCUCCGCGCUGGUGUCCUCAACAACCCAUUCUUCACGGCGCCUGAUGGGCGUGAACUGCGAGGCGGGCGUGUUGUUGCUGGACUUAAAGCGUCAGAGCAUCUCACCACCGUCUUGACAAUCCCGCUCACUCCCAAGAUCCUCGCUCCUUCUACAGGCGUCUUGAAUGCUGCACUCAUCAGCGCUGUUGAUGAAGCUGUCCUUGCUGCACCGAAACAUCUUGCCAAGUUGCGACGCAAUGUGUACCGCUUGAUGCAAUUUGGUUCAUUUCCAUACAAGCUUGUGGACAAUGAUUCGACGAUGGAGGUGGUCUUCCCUGGACGCGAUAGAGAAUCAGUCGAGCUGUUCCUGGACGAUUUGAUGGAUGGCAAGGGUGCGUCUCUCGGUGCUCUCCAUGAACGACCACGAUUUGUUGAGAGCGAACAGAUGGAUCAGGAAGUAGACUGGGCGACGCAUCUGUAUGCUAGAGACCACAAGAUGACGCGCAGCCAGUUGUCGCUUGAGCGGUACAUUCAUGAUUUGGAUGUCUUCCGUGCUUGCCAGGCUGCGUGCUGAAGGCCCGCUUCUACGAAUACAUACAUGACCCUGAUUAGUUGCUAUAGCGAGUGCCUUCCUUCUCCGUCCCUUUAUCCUCCAUCCUUCCCUGCAUCCUGUCUAUUGUCUCUCGUCUCUUGCUCUUGUCC